AUGGCGUGGGAUCAGACACGGUCGGCUUGGAUUUACCCAUUGCGGGGUAUUCAAUAUUUUGCGACCCACCGUUUUCUGUGGCCUCUCUUCAAGGCUCGCCUGUUACCUAUUGUUCUCCUCUCCACCUUCGUCUACUUCCUCCUCUUCUUCUUCACAUAUCUGCCGCAAGUCGCAUUCCUAGCCCUUUUCCAGGGAAAAGGAGCGUGGGUGAACGGCGCAUUCCUGGUGCUGGGUGAAGGUGCGGCGAUCGUGGCGGGUCUUUUCGAGGCUUUCUUUGUGGAUGAGACUCUGGUGGAUAUAUUUGACUCGAUUCUCAUUAAUGAAGGCAAUGAGGAGCUUGUCCUGAGGUCAAGAGUGAUCUACCCGGAGGCUGGUGACCCUACUAGUCGCCUGGGCACUCCGACGACCAGUGCGGUGUAUGCGCCCUUCUCCCUCCGACAGAUCCUGGAGUUUAUCAUCCUGCUCCCACUCAACUUCAUCCCUGUCGCCGGUACACCGAUGUUUCUGGUUCUCACUGGAUACCGGGCGGGUCCCUUCCAUCAUUGGCGAUACUUCCACCUGCUGGAUUUCACGAAGCCAGAGCGCAAGGAUUUCAUUCGGCGGCGGCAGCUGCAGUAUACCACUUUUGGAACUGUGGCUCUGGUUCUCCAAUUGAUCCCUCCCUUUUCGAUGGUAUUCUUGAUGACUACGGCGGCCGGCGCUGCGCUCUGGGCAUCCGACUUGGAAAAGAAGCGACAGCUUGCUAACCAACGCCCGGACCGACUGGGACAGGCGUAUCAUGAUGACUUUUCCGUAUGA